AUGCCCGGGGUGGACACACGUUGGCAAGAGCGAUGUGCCAGGUAUUUCUCCUCUAUGCACGAAGCUGCACCUCACUACCAGGAAACGAAGAAGAGGAAAAAAGACCGUGUGAGGAAAAAGGACUUGUUUUCAUUACCCAAAGAACCUCACCCAUACCGUGUGACAUUUUCAAGGAAAACUCAGCCUUGUAAAGGCGGUGUGAAAUGGCUCAGUGGUUUAGAUCUGCACGGCACCUCAAUGCUUCUGAGGACCCGCUCCUAUUUUUAUUUCAUUUUUUGGGUUUUGAUCUCUUUAGCGGCGUGUGUUGGGUUUGGUGUGAUGGUUUUCUUCUUAGUUAGGGAAUAUCAGGAUUCUGAUAAGAUAUUCAAGGUGAAUGUGUCGGACACAUACGAGAAUGCCAGUCCUCUCAGCCUGACGGUGUGCAAUACCAACAUGCUGAAAAAAUCUACGUUGGACAACAGAACAAGAUUCUAUGACCUACUACUUUUAGAUAUAGAUAAAGUAGUUAACAAUUCUAAAACUCGCCUAAGUACUCCAGGAAAGAGCCUAGCGGUUCUGCUUGACAAUACGAAACUGAAAAAUUUCUCCGACAGCCUGAACUAUAAUGAGGCUAGUCUGAUCUUUGAUGACUUGCAGAGAGAGUUUGAGGUAUACAGUGGUAUGCAGUCGGACACAGACUGGGCAUAUGUAGCCAGCAGAGGCCUCCUGGAAACAGCGGAACUUUUCCCGCCCGCAUUUCGGCUGACGCGAAGUGAAUUAAAUGAAUUAGGACACAGCAUGGAAACUGGGAUCAUUGAGUGCACAAAGAACGGACGGUCGUGCCAGGCUGGAGAACUGACGUACAGCCAGAGUCGUCUUCUUGGGAAUUGUGCAACAAUACAUUUAUCUCUCGGGGGAUCUUGGUUUGAAUCGCUCACCUUAACGGUGGACGUGGAGCCAGAGGAGUACCUUGACCUUGUGUCCCCGCCCCCCUCUGUGAGAGCUCUGCUGACCACCUCCACGUCACUCAGACACGCCUCCUCUGUGACCGAGUCCUAUGUAGCCGUUCCGGGCUCGGAGCUGGAUCUGCAGGUUAUUAAGGUGAAGGAGAUAAACAAGCAUAAAGAUAACUGCAGGGCAGACACUGACUACAAGUAUGAGGAGUGUGUAGCGCUGUGUCACGCCUCUCUUGUCUCCGACAUCUGUGGCUGUAGUGUGCUUCUGGACAACCCACUGCCCCAGCGAUGUCGUGUCACGGACCAGUACCAGUUUGUGUGCCACAGAUUCCUGGAUAUCCUGUGGCGACGAGGGCAGCUUCCAUGCAACUGCCCAGCGAGAUGUAGAGAAGAGGAGAUUCGAGUAGGAGCCUCGCACACCAUCGGUUCCUUCUCGCAUUCAGAGAUAAAUGAAGACUGUAACGACAGAACUGGCUCCUUGUUGCACCAAGUGACCUUCCACAUCAUUACGAUUCCUCUCACGUCUCACAGAGAAAAAUGUUCUAUUUUUCAGGAGUAUAUAACAAAACUGUUGGCUGCUUCACCUGCUGCGAAGAAUGCAUCUACCUUAAGCAAAUCUCUGACGAGAAUACGAGUGACGUCUGUUGGUGCACAGUACGAGAUCUGGACGCAGGAAGAGGAAAUAACGAUUCUUGGACUGUUGUUACAAGUGGGCGCUCUGUCGGCCCUCACAGUCGGUAUCUCUGUGGUCACGGUUCUGGAACUGCUGUUGCUAGCAGGGAAGACUUUGGUUGAAGCGUGUCGAGCGCUAGGGAGAAGUGGUCAUGACAACGAGGUGGAGCGACUGUACCCUUACGAAGACUUGGACGCACCGCCAGAGUUUCAAAAUCUAGAUGCCAACUGGUACACAUGCUCAGCUGACCUCUCCAGGGACACCUGGCAUGGAACCUUAGCCACUGACAAUGACCAGCAUCUGUUACAAGGCGGACAACGAAAGUAUGUUGUUUCUAGAAGCAGUGGCACCGAUGGCGUACCAUAUAGCGUUGCUAGAAAUAGUGGCCCUGGUGGACUACCGUACAGUGUUUCAAGAAACAGUGGUAGCUAUGGCGCACCAUUUUCUGCUUCUAGACACAGCGGUUCUGUGGGCGCUCCUUACGCUAUUUCUAGAAGUAGUUCUGGCACGGGGCCACACGCUACCACCAUAGAGCACUCCCGGACCGCUCACGCCUACAGCAAUCGGAGCUUCAUCCGAACCAACAUCACAUCAGUACCGGAGCGUGGCAGUUUAAAUCCCCUUCUUGAAGAAAGUGGAGAUGCGGAUGACAAUACACACGCUAAGGAUGAUAACCUUGCGACUUCUCCUGAAGCACUGUACGUUCGACCCUGGGAUCUGUCCGGUGUGUCGAGGCCUUACCCCAAGAUUCUCGUUUCUUCACAAAAGAAUAGUGCAUCAGAUGUCCCAGUUCCCAACGCGCCAGGCAGAUCUCUUAGGGACCAUGCUGACCCAGAGAACGUGGUCCUGGAAGAUGCCGACUUUGUACCAUUCUCACAAUCGGCCCUGAGGCUCAAUCUUCCCGAUGAUCUGAAAAACGGGUCUGACGACGAAGACGUUGCGGAUAUCAAUAAUGAAAAUUUACGCGGGGGUCAUGCCAAUCAGUCAGCGAAUGAUUCACGAUAUUCGUCUACAAUAGAUGACCCUGUAACCCAUGGGGAUCAUUAUAAUGUCAAACGUUGGGAUAAAUCUAGACAAUUAUCCGAUACCAAACCGAUUUAUGCUGUUUCAGAUGGCCAAUUACAAAGCCUUGAUACAGCUGGUUUAGGGGCAAGCAGUAAAACCUAUCAGAGCUCCCAGCUUCAAAUUAAAGAUGAAAUUAAUUAUGGUAUCUCGGGUGAAGAAGGACGAAAGACAGGCAACGUUUUGGACGGGGGGCGUUCCUCCCAACAUCGACAGGAGUGGGGAGGUAGGGACACAUUAGAACCUUCAUACUACAUCUAUCAAGGAAGAGCGGCCGCUGAAACACAAGAAUCAAUCUUUGUUAUUUAGGCUCACACAUACACUUGCAUUAUAUUCUUAUCUUAGACCGGGCUUUGUCGUGGUUUUCCUUCUUAGCCUUCGACCCCACCCCCUCCCCCUGCCAAAACUCUGCUGCACUGGGGCGCACUAUUGAGCAAGAAGGGCAGAACACCAGUCUCGUUAUAGUCAACUCCAUGUGGGUUCUCUUUCUCUCCUUGCUUUUCAUUCGGUUCCAAAUAGAGUCAAAAUAAUGGACUGCUUCAUAAUGAGAGGGAAGUACGUCACAGUGCAGUCUUGGUUAUAAUUAUUCUACAGGUCUAUGGAUACACAGAACAAAGGACCCCUUAGCAGAUCUAUCAAGGGGGGGGGAGGAAGUUGGGCCGGGGAGGUUGUGGGUAUGUGUGCUCAACAUUUUAAAAAUACGUGGCAUCGUAGUGAAAUCGGGGGCUCGUGAAAAUAAUGAAAUUGAUGUAACCGACAUUUCCCGCCUGUCGGCCAA